AGUCUUCCCAUUGCUUCUGCUCACGGUUUCAUAUCAUAAUAUCAUAUCAUAUAUAUACACAUAAACACAAACACCAUUUCACAACUAAAAAUCAAUUCAAACCCACUUCAAAUUAUUCUCUCUCAAAAAAACAACAAAACAUUCUUGAUUAAACCAUCUUUCUUAACUAUGAUGAGGAAGGGACAGAACCAAAACAUGUUUGUAAGGAUCAUGUGUUCACCAAUAAGAGCACUAGGAAAAGCAAGAGAUGCAUAUGUAAGAAGCAUAACAAACUGUGGUCAAAAUAUGAGUUAUGGUAGUUAUCCAAUGGAUGGUGCUAGUAAAUUUUCUUUAUCCAGAAGUCAAAGUGCAGCAACAUCAAGAAGAUCAUCAGCAUCAUUAGAGGGUAAUGAAGAUUUUGCCGAGCUUGUUAGAGCUGCUUCUGCUAGAACUUUAGGUAAUAGAAUUGAUGUGGAUUUAGUUCUCAAGCAGCAACAUCAACAACAACAACAGAAAUUGCAUAAAGGGUUACCUAAGUCUAGUAGUGUUGGAAUGGCUAAGAUUGAUGAGGAUAUGCCAUUUGAUUCCUUUGUUGAAGGAAAAGUUGGUUUUGUUGCUGAUUCUUAUCCUAGAUCAAAGAGUUAUGCUGUUGGACAUAGAAGAAAUGUUGCUUUCUGAAUUUAAUUGUUGAGUUGAAUUGGAACUUUUCAGUCUUAGCGCAUAGCAAUGUGUGAGUUAUUGUAAGAAAUUAAGAGAUGGAUUUAAUUGAAUCAUAAUCUCUUUUUAAUUGAAUCUUGUGUUUUGGAUGUAUAAUUAAAUUAGUUGUUUUCUAUUUAUGUAGGGAUGCCACAAGAUUUGUAAAUUUGGCUUGUUUCCAUAAUUUGUUAAAGAAAAAAAUAUGUUAUUUCACGUGAAGAACCCCUUGGGAACAAUGUAUUCCGGUCAAUCCAUUUUUAUUGA